GGCGUCGUGUCAUUUCCGCGCGCUUCACAGUGGCACCCCAAAUCGCCUUAUGGUUGUUCGGGACUCGAACGAUUCGCUCUCAGCUCAAAAAACACGGAAACACGGGAUCGUCCACAGGUUGAUUUCAUCGUGGACGUUUGGGGUCUCAUCCGAGGACAGCGGGCUUCCACAUCCAUUCUAAGAACCACUCAGUCUCCCCCCGGCCGUGAGAUACAAGUGUUGCUGUCGUCCAGUGACAGAUUCUUCCUCUCAGUCAACGGGUGUAAGGGGGCUAGGAAAUAAAGAUGCCGAAACCGAUCAACGUCCGGGUCACCACCAUGGAUGCAGAGCUGGAGUUUGCCAUCCAGCCCAAUACCACAGGGAAACAGCUCUUCGACCAGGUGGUGAAGACAGUGGGUCUGCGGGAGGUCUGGUUCUUCGGUCUACAGUAUGUGGACAGUAAAGGCUACAGCACCUGGCUCAAACUCAAUAAGAAGGUGACCCAGCAGGAUGUGAAGAAGGAGAACCCCCUGCAGUUUAAGUUCAGAGCCAAAUUCUUCCCUGAGGAUGUGUCGGAGGAGCUCAUCCAGGAGAUCACCCAGAGACUCUUCUUUCUUCAGGUGAAGGAGGCCAUCCUGAAUGAUGAGAACUAUUGUCCCCCAGAGACGGCGGUGUUACUGGCAUCAUACGCCGUCCAGACCAAGUAUGGAGACUACAACAAAGAUGCCCACAAGCCUGGCUACCUUACCCAUGACAGACUGCUGCCUCAGAGAGUCCUGGAGCAACACAAGCUGACCAAGGAGCAGUGGGAGGACCGGAUACAGACUUGGCAUGAAGAACACAGAGGAAUGCUCAGAGAGGACUCGAUGAUGGAGUAUCUUAAAAUCGCCCAGGACCUGGAGAUGUACGGCGUCAACUACUUUGAGAUUAAAAACAAGAAGGGCACACAGCUGUGGUUGGGCGUGGAUGCUCUCGGCCUCAACAUCUAUGAGCAUGAAGACAAGUUGACACCAAAGAUUGGCUUCCCCUGGAGCGAGAUUCGAAACAUCUCUUUCAACGACAAGAAGUUCGUCAUCAAACCUAUCGACAAGAAAGCGCCUGACUUUGUGUUUUAUGCCCCGCGACUGCGCAUCAACAAGCGAAUCUUGGCGUUGUGUAUGGGAAACCACGAGUUGUACAUGAGGAGGAGAAAGCCCGACACCAUCGAGGUGCAACAGAUGAAGGCUCAGGCCCGGGAGGAGAAGCACCACAAACAAAUGGAGAGGGCCCAGCUGGAGAAUGAGAAAAAGAAGCGAGAGCAUGCGGAGAAAGAAAAGGAGAAGAUAGAGCGUGAGAAAGAUGAGCUCAUGGAGCGGCUAAGACACAUUGAGGAGCAGACGAUGAGAGCUCAGAAAGAGCUCGAGGAGCAGACUCGCCGGGCCCUGGAGCUGGAGCAGGAGAGAAGGAGAGCGAGGGAGGAGGCGGAGAGGCUGGAGAGAGAGAGGACAAUGGCAGAGGAGGCGAAGGGGGAGCUGGCCAAACAGGCCGCAGACCAGCUGAAGAACCAGGAGCAACUGGCUGCUGAACUGGCAGAAUUCACAGCCAAGAUCGCUCUCCUGGAAGAUGCCAAGAGGAAGAAAGAAGAUGAGGCUUCAGAAUGGCAACACAAGGCUCUCUCAGCCCAGGAUGACUUGGAGAAGACCAAGGAGGAGCUAAAGACGGCGAUGACAAUUAUGCCAGCAGCUCCAGGCGGCAAUGCCGAGAGCGAGCACGACGAGCAGGACGAGAACCACGCAGAGGCCAGUGCCGAGCUGUCCAACGAGGGCGUCAGCGAGAUCGACCUCCGCAGCGAAGAGGCGCGCGUCACUGAAGCCCAGAAGAACGAGAGGGUGAAGCAGCAGCUGCAGACAUUAAGUUCAGAGUUGGCCGAGGCCAGAGACGAAACCAAGAAGACACAGAACGACGUGCUACACGCCGAGAAUGUGAAAGCCGGCCGAGACAAAUACAAAACGCUGCGCCAGAUCCGAUCGGGCAACACGAAGCAGCGCAUCGACGAGUUUGAGUCCAUGUGAGGACGGCGCCUCCCUCCCCUCCGCCCGCUUUCCCCUCAGGGGCACCUGUUCCCGAACUUUCCCCCCGGCGGCUGCUCGAUUUUUUUUCAUGGACAACAGAUGCUGCCGUCCCCUCGACGCCCUCAAGCAAUAUUGAGAAAUGAUCUUGUCAAACUUUGCCAAAGUCCUGUCCCACGUGUCCACUCUGAAAGUCUGUAAAUCUCGGUGAUGUGGAGCCGCUUUGAACGAGCACACAUCGUCACACUGCAGAGGUGUGUAUCUGUAAUCCUUAAGCACAGGGGAAAGGAGAAACUGUAAAACCAAAAUGGAAGCGAUUGGAAGUUUUAUUUUUAUUUUGAGUAAACAGGGCCAUAGAAAGCUACUUUAUUUUGCCUCACGACUUGUAUGCAAAGCUUUAGUAUGAAUCCAUAUCUUCAGUUGUUUUUAAGUUCAUGUCCUCUGCUUUUUGUUUGACUCGUUUUAUCGAUGACGCCCUUUGUUUUAGUUUGUCUGUCCAACACAAUGAGGAGUUUGGGAAUAAAUGAGGUCAUUCACGUUACAUCGUCACAUUUCACAUGCUAAAUAUGCUAAUUCACUUAGCCCCUGUCAGCUAAGCUGAAGUCUCUUCAAGCUGUAGUUGUAAUGUCUCAUCAGUAGGUUUCUCUACAAAGACACUGCAGUAUUUUAAUAGUUUCAUUUGAGGCUGAAUAACUUGAAUAGUGAUAUUUUCCAAUUUGGAUAAAAAAUCCUUUUUCGUUAAUGAAAUUGAAGUGAAUGGACCCUCACGGGGAGAAGAGACGCCCGACUUGUCGCACGGCAGGUUCUGAUGAACGAAUGUAGCAAAGGUAACAAAGGGAAAGUGUUUUUUCACAUGCACAGGUGAUAGGACCGCAUGUACCGAGCUUGUGCCACUGAGCUGUCGCCCUCGAGCUUAAAAGUGUUACGGAGAUAAGCUAAUUGGUAGUUGUGUGUCUAUUUGUCUGUGUGCCUGUGAUCCCUGUUGCAUCCCAGUGUUUCAUUCCCAGUCACCUUAGAUGGUUUUCUCUGCCUACCAGCACACAGAGGAUCCCAGGGUGUAACAGACAGAACAGACAAGACGAGUGUCGCCUCUGUGCUGCUCGUGUCUGUCCGACUGUAUGAUUGUUAGUGUGUUUUGUGUGUGUGUGUCUAUAUAUGAAUGUGUACAGGUGUGGAAGCUGAAGCCUAGCACCUCUCUGGCUGGGGAGCUUAUGAAAACAUCAGUCCUAGACCCUGGACAAAUCUCUACCUCAGUAAUGUUAGUAGUGGUGACUGACAGUCAAACACUGUGAGUGGGUCUGUCCACCCCCCCGUUUCCAAAACAUAAGGUCAUGAUUUAUUUCGGUUGCUGUUACAUGCUUGGGCUAGUUUUGACAAAGUGUUAUUUCUUACAUAUGAAGCUAUAUUUACUCGGUGGUCUCUCCCUGCUCCCUCCUCGCUCAGAUGUUUUUUAUUCCUUCUCAUUUUGCCUGAGAGGAAAUCCCCCAAAACAAUGAGGAAGGCGAAUGUAAUAAUGUUGCGAGUAUCAGACCGGAGAUGGACUGUAAACAGAUUUUCGGUGUUAUUUCACUGUCCCCUGACUGGGACCUGUGAAGUGUGACUGGACCCGAGACCUCGAAAAGAAGGCUGUCGUGUAAAUUAAUGAAAAUGGCCUUAAGAGUCUGUUGGAACCUUUUCUCCUCUUUAACAAUUCCCACUUUUAAGACCUGAAAUGAAUUCUUGGAGCUGAAGAGGCCUGUGUUAGUUCCUCUUAAUGUGAAGGGACCUCGCUAUUGGGAUUUCUGCAAAUCUCUCCAGAAUGAAAGGGAGAAUUUGGCCAAUUUUUCCCCCUGAAAUCUUAAAAAAUUCCCAUCUAACCACAUCGUUAGUGCUCAGACGACAAACUGACUUUUUGUGGGCUGGCUAAUACGUCCCAGGGUGCAUUUGUGAAAUUUAAGUUUUCCAUUUAUUUUUAUUAACAAUAUGAGAAAUGUUAUUUGUUGCGCGAUCACUUGACAGCUGGUGUAGUUUUGACGUUUGUUUGUUUUUAAAAUGAGUUUUAAAGCACUUGUAUGAAACGGGACACUGAAGCCUGCCUUUUGUGUUUAACUCCAGUGUCCGCUGUUAGUGUUGUUUGCCAUAGCAGGUUUAAAAAAACAAAGACAAGGUCCUGCGCUUCCAGCUAAUAUUUUUGUAUUCCCUAAAUCUGCAGCAUGCAUCGCUUCAUUGGAGGGGAAAACUCAUGUUGACAAGCCCACCCCCCCAGAACCUCCACAGUGGAGCUGCAAGGCCUCAGUUGGUUUCUCCACAGCAGAAUGUUGUCAUCCUGCCUGUCCCCUCCAAUGAAGCCAGCGUCUGAUGAUGCCCGUUCUGCCACCAGCUGUCAUGUUAUGCCUCCCCCCCCCCCGCUCAUGUUAGUGUUCUUUAAGAUAGAAGGCAAAGAUGGAUUGCAGUUCAUUCCAUUGGUUCACAAAUAAAAGUUUUAAAUUUUGAA